GAUGACAAUGAAUGUGCUAGAAAUAAUGGUGGAUGUGACCAAAAUUGUGUGAAUACACCUGGCUCAUAUCAGUGCAGCUGCAACAUUGGAUACACCCAGCAUGGCCACAGAUGUCAGGGUAUGAUUUCCAUCAUGAUGUUUAGCAUUGGUCAUAUAGGUAUCACAUUUCAAAAGUGAUUGAAGAGAAAUGAUUUUUAACAUUGAGAUUAUAGAAGGUCUAAGAAAGUUUUUUGAUAAGGAAGAACCAUCUUCGCUCUGGUAGAUUUUACAAUUUCUUCUUCAUUCUCAAGAUAAAUGUUUAGUACUUUGACAACAUUGGAACUUCUGCAAAUGCCAAUACUUUCUCUUGUUUCCAUUUUAUCAAGAAGCGCAUUUGAAUUCAUCGAUUUCUUAAGCGAGAAAGAGACCAACCUUAAGCCUCCACGAGCAGUGAUUCCCUUUUAAACCCAAACUAUCUCCACGCUUUACUCGUGAGCCAAGUAAUCUAUUCGUAUUCACCUGGUGUCUCAUUUUCAGAUAUCGACGAAUGUCAGACUUUAUUGCCAAGACCUUGCAGUUGUGGGGUUCCUGGAGAGGCUUGUGGUGCAAACUGUGUCAACCUCGUUCCUGGCUACAAGUGCACCUGUGCACCAGGAUUUAAGCUCCGAAGUGGUGGAACCAUCUGUGAUGGUAAUUUUGAAAACAAUCUGUUACUAAUUUGUCAGGUGGGAGAGAACUGGAGAUGGCUUGCUCAAGGUGUCCAUGAAAAUCAGCCUAAUGUAGAGGAAAUGCUGACGGUGUCUUACUUCUCUAUGUGAUACAAAUAAAUUCCGUGCGUUUUUCUUUAAGAUGUCAACGAAUGUUUAACAGCCAAUGGAGGAUGCCCUCAAACAUGCCAUAAUCAACCCGGAAAUUUUUCAUGCGGCUGCUUUAAUGGCUUCAAACUUAUUAGGGGGAACAACGGUACUUACUGCGAAGGUGAGAUGACUUGCUUAGUACAUGUUUUCAGAAAAUAGUUAGGAGAAAAUUUAUAGUCAGGGCAGCCAGAAUGAGAUCAGAAUAAUAACUUGUUAGCCAGCUUCUUGCUUUAUUUACACCUCUAUUUGUCUCUUUGCGCAGUACCACUGUUGUAAGACUGACAGCAAUAUUGCUCUUUAUUGUCAGAUAUUGACGAAUGCCUGUCAAAUAAUGGUUUCUGUACCCACCAGUGCGUUAACACUGUGGGAUCUUAUCGCUGUGAAUGCCCCGCUGGGUUCCUCUUGGAUUCAAAUGGAAGAUCUUGCUCGGGUAUGUUACUCCUAAUGAAAAUGGCUGCAAGUUUAUUUGAGACAGCGGAAGAGCACAGGCAAAUGUUUGCUCAUUCUGUCACAUCCGUCUUCAUUUACAACCUCAUGUAAUCCGCAAGGUCAGAUUCCCCAUGAAGCCUUAUACAGGUGUUGAGUUGACCGAUUCUUAUUAAAAACGCUCAGGAUGAAACCGUUUGUUAACCUAUGUUACAGAUCAUGAUGAAUGUUUGCUGGGACAUCAUGGCUGCCAGCAAAAGUGUAACAAUUACCAUGGAGGCUUCUACUGCUCUUGCAACUCAGGAUAUGAACUCAACGAAGACAACAAGACUUGUUCAGGUAAAAGGCCACCAAUGUUCUUACCAUGGCCUCUUAGUUUUGAAAAGCACUUCUUGCCACCAUCUUUCUUGCUAAUUCGCCAAGGAAAUAGUAAUUGCUUUGCGCAGAGGUCAUUAGUUGAUGGCUAAUUACCUAUUUGUCGUUAACACUAUCCAUGCACGUACAGCUUAACCAGUGAAAUUUAUUCCUCGAGCACCAUGUCUUUUUUUUCAGAUGUGGACGAAUGCACCCCUAUGUUCGUAAAGAGCCUUAACAAAACGGUCAUCCAAGCAGGAUGUGAUCAAAUCUGUCACAACACACAAGGGAACUACACCUGCAGCUGUGACCUGGGAUAUCAGCUUCUGUACGAUGGAAAGCGGUGCCGGGGUAAGACUGUCCUAUAUUCCCUUGUAACGCUGCGGAACAUAAAAACAACUUCAGUUGAUCUGUAACUGUCCUAAAGAAUAUAGCUGUUGGCAAAAUAUCCGCAUAUAAGUUUGGAGACUCUAACAUCCACCCUACAGACCUGACCAUGGGCCGAAUAAACCAUUGAUCUAUCGAUCAACCCACCAGUCCGCUCUCCAAAAGAAAAGUUGUGUAUGGAUCGAAUACUGUUCAGUUACAGAUCGCUGAUCAUAUUCGUUUUACCUCACAGAUGUGAAUGAAUGUAACACAGCAGUCCACUUUUGUGAACACAAGUGCCACAAUACACAUGGGUCAUAUGGCUGCUCAUGUUUUCAUGGCUACAGACAAAGGGCCGACAUGCGAACCUGUGAAGGUAGGUUAUACUAUGCAACUGCUACCUUAGUUUAACAAAUUCAUGUUGUUAAGGUUUUUCUCAGAGUCUAUCAGAGAGUACGAGACCUUGGAACAAAUGUUAUUGAGCAACAGGUACAAAGGAAUUAGGCCUUUAGGAAUGUGUAGACAUCUGUCAUUACCGUCCUUUCAAAUUUUUUUCCUCGCCUUAAUUAGGACUUCCUUGUGAGGACAUCUUUGCCCCACCUCAUGGUCACAUGAACUGCAGCGGAUCUGUCACAAAUGAGACCUGUUGGUUCACGUGCGAGGAUGGAUAUGAAAUACAAGGUUCUGGAAAGAGAACUUGCCUCAAUUCUUCAAAGUGGGACGGACAGCAAACGUCUUGCAAAGGUAACAACAAUGGCAGUUGAAUAGCCAGUAGAUUCUAACACUUCUCAGUUUUCCUUCUGCUUUUUCCAGUCACGUUUCUUUCUACGAUAUCUUUUCUACACCAAAUUUGCUUAUUACUCUAGAAAAUCUUUUUGUCUAUAAACUCCUGUUUAACGAUUAUGUUUAACAAUAAUUAUAUCUUUUAUUUGUGAGGAGUUUGUACUGCAAGCUGAGCAUGCCAUCACUUGUAUCGUUAGGACGUUACCACUUACCUUGUCAAUCCAUUUUAAAAUACUCACGUUAUUGUUCCCUCCAUAACUCAACAUAGUGAGACGUUGUGGUCGACUAUAUCCACCAGAGAAAGGCAUAGUUUUACUUCCAUGUCACACGACGUUUGGUUCCACAUGCACACUUGACUGUAUAGAAGGAUACGUUGUAUCUGGUCGCAACGUUGCAACGUGCCGGCUGACUAACUCCAGCGACGUAGCAUGGAACAUAGGAAACUUUACGUGUGAAGGUAUGAGUUGUCAUUGGGGAAUGGGCAUUGAAUGAAGAAUUCAUAUUGUAGCAAAAACGAACACUAAACUCCUGUUCCCUUUUCCUGAAGUUUUCAUCCUUCCGUGCACUAGUAGUAAUAAGUAAUUUGUUAUUUAACCUAUUUGUUCAGUAUCUUACUUCAUUCCUGUUUCUGUUUGAAUUCUACCUAGAGAUAAUCCUUUGCAAACCCAAUCCCUGUCGGCACGGAGGAAGAUGCAUCGUCAUCGAUUCACAAAAGUUUUCAUGUGAUUGUCAGAAUACUGGAUAUGAAGGGGAUCUCUGUGAAAGAGGUGUUGUUACACCUCCUGAUUUCCCAAAACUGAUUCCCGGAAGGCUUUCGGAAGAUCUUUCAUUACUUGCGAAACCUAACAACGUAUUGACUGUUCUCUUCGAUGCAACCCUGAAAAUGACCUUCCAUCCGAAGAGAGUGAUGAUUCAGUAUCCAUCAGAUCAAGCGGAGUUUGAGGUUAUUGGACACGAGUCUGGAGUUGGUAUGGUGUCAUAUGACCUCAGUGGGAUAGACAAGCAUACUUUUGUGUCUCCCACGAAUAGCCCAAUCUUUGUUGGUCAUAACAUAUCAAAUGCAAACAGCAUUUACACCAGACUGGGGCUUUUAAAUGGCGAGGUACCAAUCGGAUGCCGAACGAAGAACCUAGAGAACUUCCCAUGCGGGCUAAAAGUAGCCUAUAGCCCCUCCUCAACCCUACCAAAUGAUGUUCUCGUCCAGUCAGGGCCUGUUCACAUCAUUACAUCUGACAACAAAACAAUUCCUUUGAGUCUUGUGGGAUACAAUUUCUCUUCACCUUAUCAAUCAGGUCAAGAAUCAGAGUUGCUGAAAACACUUAUCGCCCAGACAAGCUCUACCAAUACGAGCUCAGCAGGCCAAACAUCGAACGAAAUGUGCUCCUUUCAGCCAACCACAGAAGCCUUGAUUGAAUUCAUUCAGGAAGACGCUUUUCCAAAGUCUUUCAUGCGGUACUUGACAGACAAGCUACCAUUAUGGAUACGACUUAUGGUUAAAGACGACAACAAUUUAUUUGCCGCAGAAAACACUCGAGCCGACCUCAUUCAGAUCACAAGCACGCAAAGUGACUACCUGAAUUGCAAAUUUCCUCCUCUUGGUAUCCCCAAUGCAAUGGUCACAUAUCGUCCGAAAGUCACUUUCACUAUCUCCGCUGGGAGGAAACAAAUUUCCCUGCCCAGCAAAGGCUGUUGUUUUGCAACCGACCCUUGCGGUAGUGCAGUGUUCCUGACAUUAUCCGAAAAGGCUGGUAAAGAAAUUAGCAAAAUGCCCGUUUUGAAGGACUUGACUUAUAAUGGCUGGGGUGUCUUGUUAUCAUCUUUUGGUUUCACCGCUCCAAAAAAGUACCAAAGCUUAAAGAACUCCUUGCCUUCUGAUCCAAUGGCUGAACACUUUUCAGAUUUUCAUUAUAAUAUGUGGUGGAAAGGAACUACCAACAUUUCCCUAAAAAACACAAGUGACUUUACAAUCAACAUGAAAAUGAGUGGCCAAGUGUUCUCAUUUGUAGAAGAUUUGAACGGCGUGAGUAUAAAGCCUUGUCUUGUAACUAUUAUAAAAUAGCCAAGAGAAUUCAAUUUCAUCUUAAGUUUAUCAAUGCCUAGACAACCUGGAGACCAGGGCCAACCAUGCUCAGCUUUGAUCUUGGAGGGUUAUUCAAUGCAACGUAGUAACGUUGUGGACGUGGAAGGAAUCAUAUCGGACAUCACAUGAGGAUCAAGAAAACUGCAUGGAGGGUUUCAACUUAAUCUCAAGGUUGCAAUUUCCUCGUAACAAUUACAUUAUAAUCCUUAGUCUCUAUUUGUCUUGUAGUUACUCACCAGGUACUUUUCUCGGCCAAUCAAGAGUAUAUUCCAUGGAUCAGUCGAGUUUACUUUUUCUAUACAAGUUUUGGGCAAGACGUUUUCUCUGAGGUUUCAUGCAAACAGUGUGGUCGCAAAGUCACAACUUGGAGGUAAAUCUUAACGAUGCUUGUUGUUGAUCUUGAUACCCCCUUCUCCGCGUUAUCAUUCGUUUCUUUUAUUUUUAUCAUUAUUAGGAUAGUUAUUAUGUUAAAGUUUGUAACUAGUACAUUUUGUUUUCUCUACUAAGGACCACCCCUUCUCACAUCGGAAUGCCAUGUUCCUCAAGGCUUCACCUUUACCCUGGAUCGAGCAGCCGAACCUUUCAAGAAUAGCAUUUUUUUCACCUUUAUUAAACCCAAUGGAGGAAUCAAAUAUUUGCAAAUCUACUACUCGAUUGACGGUGGAGAAGAUAUCGCAGCAUUCGAUUCUAACAAAAACUUGAAAUCUCUGGAAUAUCAGUCGCGAGACAUAAAGAGGGUCUUUUUAGAUGUUCAGAUAUUUGUUCCUGAAUUGCAAGAAACAGCGCAAAGGGGGGCUGCAAUGAUAGAAGAGACGCUCGUUAAGGUCAUCAAGGCUAGAAAUUUGCUCUCCUCCUCUUCAGAUCUCUUGAAGCUAAAAAAAGUGGUUGCAGAGAUUGACAACGAUCUUGACAAGAUACCAAGAGUCCUUGAUCUUUUCAUAGCCAAGUCACAAGCAUACAAGAAUCGUUCAAACGUUGAAAAUGCCAUCAGUCGCCUCAUUAAACUUAAGUCAGAUCUUCCAGUGACCAUCUCUCUGGUAUUCACCCAGUCGUCCAUUCGGCAAUCCUUUGCUGGUGUUCGUUUUGCCCUUGUGGCACAGAUUUGUCACAAACAACUCUGUUUUACCAACAUUAAUUGUAAUGUAUGGUCCCUGACUGACAACUACUGUUUAACUAACAGUUCUGGCGCAGACAGUAGUAUAAUCGUUGUGGGAACUGUCUUGAGAGACCUACCCCUUGGUAGUGCAAUAACUUUCCCUGCUUGGAGACCGCUGAGAAUGCUAAUAAGCCGCAAAAAUGAGCCACUCGAGACUACAUUUGAGAGUUCUGUUCGAUUAUUGGGACUGACCAAAACCACUAGCAUACGAAUGGUAGGAAAUGAGCUCUUCUUUUCCAUCUCGGGACCAAUUUUUGGAACAUUCGAGACGCUUUUGAAUGUAACAGCUGACCUUGAAAACGUUGCGGACUGGAAAUCCUUGCUUUUUGGAGUGAAGGGCACCAUGAGAAAGUCAUCACGUCUUCAUGCCAUGCUAGAAGGUACGAUUGCCAAUGAGACUAUCCUUGCAGCCAAGGAGGCAGCUAGAAGGUUGAGGAAUGCAAAGGCAGCGUUUAGUGUUGCAAAUACGAAAGCAGAUGCAGCCAGGAACUUUCUUAAAGAAAAACAGACGAUCACUGAACAGCUGAGACGAAAAAAGGAAAAAGCUGCAGAGAAUCUUCGUGUGGCACGUCUGCAAUAUCAAUCAGCAAAAGUGAGUUUUAACAACACGGUUAACCUUAAUCGAUAUCUUCUAAAUCCUGUAUGUGAAAUAAGAGAGUGCAACUACACUUGUUUGAACGGCUGUGUUCACCCUGACCUCUGCCAGGACCAGAUAAACAUAACUUAUCUUGAGCGAUACUGUGCCACGGUUGACAAACCAAUGAUAGUAAAAGUUGUGGAAAGUAGCACUAGAAAACGCAGUUUUAGUGUGCAGACGUAUCAUACCGUGUAUACUGGAAACUGUAGAUCCGGGGUCUCGUUCAAAAAAAUAAUGGAUUAUGCUAAGAAAGGAGCUCAGGUUGGAAAAUUUGUUGGAGGGAUUAUUGGAAGUGCGUUUGGACCUGUAGGAACGAAAGUCGGAAAGGUUAUUGGAGGAUUGGCUGGUGCGAUUGGUGGAGGUAUUGUGGGACAUUUCAGCAAGAAAAUAUUUGGUUGUUCUGAGACCUACAAGACAGUUCUUGGUAAACCACGGCUUGUAGAGUACGAACAGAAAAGUUUCGAGGUAAAAGCUGUAGUCAAGAUGAUCAAGGAAAUUAAGUGCUCAGGCCAAGAAGAGAAAACAAAACCCGGUGGAUUUGGUCCUCCUUACCCUUGCUGUAAGCGAUAUGGAUGCCAAACCAAAGUCAUCGAUCCCCUUUGUGUCAAACACAACGAGGAAUGUCUCAUUUCUAUGACUGAGCUUAAAUUUACGCUUGAUGCCUUGAAUGAAACUUUUCAAUAUGCCUUUCUGAAUCUUAGAGAGUCCGUUGAAAAGGUUAAAAAGGCUACAGCUGUUUACGAGAAAGCGAGAAUUCGUCAUGAAGUGGCACUUAAUGAGCUGCACAAAGUAAAAUCUUACACGGAGCAGAGCCUUUCAGCGGUAGAAAUUGUCAAUGCUUCUAUGAUUCAUGUCCGCCGAAUCGUCGACUUUGGACUGAAGAUAUCCCAAGCUAUGAAUGCCACUAAUUCGUAUGGUAAUAAAACUGUAGAUGUUGGAGACCUUACGUUUUCACUAACCACAGCAUCAAAAGAUACAAAAAAGAUCCUUUUUCAGUGCAAUGUUAGCUCUGCUAAUAGUCAAUCAACGUUGGUCCCUUUUGUAAUUGACUUCGAUCAAGUCGAACGCUCAAUCAAUUCUGCCUCCAAGACGAUCCUUAACAAGCUGUUUGGUGGAACAUCAUCCAGGAAGAAGCGGGCGGCUCCGGAAGAACAGAUUCAUUUUGAGAAUUACACAAACGUAAAUGUUUUACAUGUCAGUUUCACGGAUUACCCUCAUGCAUGCCAGUUUGCCAAUUCAACACAUUUGUUCCUAAUCUCCAUUCUUCGCUCACUGGAAAACCUAAUUUCAGCCGCUAAAGGACUGGAUGAAGAGCUAUCUUCCGGAUUCCAUGACCUCGAUAGGAUGACACACACUGUUCAUGGCAUCAGCUUAUGGCCCAACUCGUCGAGUAAUUCCAACCUUUCCAACAGUUCCUCAAGAAGUCCAAACAGUUCGUUCGUCUCAGACUACCUAGAGAUGAUAGAACUCCUCAAAAAUGAGAGCACUCAGGUUCGAAAUGACUCCUUACAGUCUUGGAAUGAAACUCUUGAGGCUUGGAGGGCAUUCCUCGAGGUAUUCACCCAUAAUAGCGGAUUUCAGGGAUGUUCAGGUGCCAUGGACUGUAUCGAAUAUUCUUUUGAAGGGUUAAGGGAAUUUUACGAGUUUGAAAGCAGUUCACAAGCAAUGACAAUAAAAGACGCACUUCCUAAGCUGAAAGACUUGAUUAUGGCAUUAACUUCUGAAGCCUUAACAAUGCCAGAAACUGAAAACACGCUCCAACAAGCUGUUUUGUUGCUGAAUGAAACCCGCGACGAUUCCGUUUUGUGUGGGGGGACACCAUAUGUUACCUCUUCACCUCAAAAGGAAAUUAUCGUCCUGAAUGGAGAAAGUUUAUCCCUGCGUUGCACUGCUGAAAGUGAUACUGAGAUUAAGUAUGCUUGGAUGAGGAAUGACAAGCUUGUUGACGAAUCACUGGAUGGAACUUUCUAUGUACGCGCUAUCAGCAAGCAACAUGAAGGUGUUUAUGUCUGUGUCGCUUCAAACAAUAAAGGCAAUUCGCUGUCUAACGUAACGAUUAUCAAAGUUCAUAACAAGCCCAGUAUCACUCUACAUCCACAGCCACAAAGAGUUAUUGUUGACGAUGAAAUGCCUGCGACAUUCAUUUGCAACGCAACGGGCAAGCCUGCGCCUACUUUUCAAUGGUUCUUCAUAUCCAUCAAUUCGUCUGUUGUCAAAAUUAACGAGACGAGACCCGUUUUACACAUGCCUGGUCCUCGCCGACAUCAAGAAGGUUAUUACUACUGUGAGGCAUCCAACGAGCAUGGUGUGGCAAUCAGUCAGAAGGCCCGGCUUGACGUACUGGGCUACUCUGUGGGUCUUCCCAGACUGCUUUUCGCCCUGAAUAUCUCAUCUUCCUGCUGGGAGGUAUCAAAUAGCUCCAACAAUUCCGUGCACAAAGCUCUGUCAUGCAAUUCCAGCAUAGAAGUAUUGCCGUCAUCAGAAAACGAGACCUUAACUAAUGACAUUCGUCGUUCCCUCGCAAGAUCACUUAAUGUAUCCAUCAAGCUGAUCUCCGAGUUUGAGUACAGCUCAAGAAAUAAUUACACCGCCACCAUUGCAUUUAUCCUAGAUAAAGAUAAAGAGGCUUGGAAACAAUCCAACUUUAUCCGUCACAUGGAAAUAGUUGAAGCCAUUGCCGAUAUUGGCGCCAAUCUGAUUGAAAAAGUGGAACAGUUCAAUUCUAGCAUACUAAACAAGACUUUUGAGGUACCAUGGAAAAACACUGUUGUUUAUGGAGAUCCUGGAAGCCUUCUUGUUUACCCUCUGUCUCCGGAAUGUCCCUCCGGACAGGCUCUCGAUGAAAAUGGUUACAUUUGUGGUAAGCAUAACGUCAACUUUAACCCAUUUCUGAUUGGCUCUGAAUUACAGCAGGGGGCAAAGUUGGAAAAAGUUCUGCUUAUACCUCGUUCCAGACACUACAGCCCUGUCUAUGACUCUAACAUUUGAGGCCGACGUUGACGGACCUGAACUUAUAGCUAACUGAACGUGUUAAAAGCCCCUCUGAUGUAUUUGCGAACGCUUUAGUCCUAUCUUACUUGUUUACACCUCUAUGCUUACGAGUUAGCCAUAAAAUUCAGUUAAUAAAGAAUUUCUUAUUUGUCUGAUCUGCUUUCUCUCUAAACAUACUGUGUCUUUAUCUCAUCAGCAAACUGUCCUGCUGGCUCAUCAUAUGUAGAGGAGAAUGAAACAUGCACAGAAUGUCCGUUCGGAGCUUACCAACCUGUGCAAGGACAAACAAGAUGUAUUCCCUGUGGCACAAACCUCACCACAGUCUUUAAUGGAACAGUGGAAGAAUCAGACUGUAUUGGUAAUGUCAAGUAAAGUUUUCUUGGCUCGGUUUUAUCUCGGGUGACAUUCUUGUUUUCGUAUCGCAAAAGACUUUGCAUUGAAGUAUUCUAGAAAGUCUAAUAUAUUGUAUUUAACUUCAGUCAAUGGAAAAAUGCCUGUGGUUGUCUUCACUGAUUCAUAAUAGACACCGUAAAUGUUAAAAAUGUCUGAACGUCGAUGAAUUUUUCAGAAGCUUAAAGAGAAAUGAAGUAUGAUGACAAAAAUUUAGGAAAAAGUCAAAAUUAACCUUUAGAGAUUACUAGAGUUAUUUGUAAUAUCAAUCUCUAGUAAAUACGUUCCAACCAUCUCCAGUUGUUUUUUCAUCAAAAUAGGUCCAAAAUGCCCUAACCUGUUUUUUGUAUACCACGUUUUCUAUCACAUUUCCUUCAUACUUCCAUUGCCUCCUUUCCAACAAGAGUAUACAACAGGAACUUACUUUUGAGACUCUAAGCUAAGGGUACCAUUAAUAUCACAUUUUUCUCUUUAUCCGGUGGCCCUUCAGCUGAUUGUCCAGCUGGAUCAUACAGUACAAAGAACAAAACAUGCUCUUUUUGUCCGCUUGGCAUGUACCAACCAUCCCGAGGGAAGCCAGCUUGUAUUGCUUGCGGUAAAAACCUAACAACAAUUACCAAUGGAACUGUUGAAGAAAUGCACUGUAUAGGUAAGUUAACAUUUGUCACAAAUUUUAAUUCAAAUGGAGAGCGAUUGAAGCUACAAUUUCUGGCCACAAAACUUUAGCAAAUUGGCUGGCAUAUAAAAAACUUCUUCCUUAGCUUUUAUUUUACAUUUUGGCAGGUGAGGAUUAAGGCCUCUCUUGGUUUUGUUGUUGAACCUUAUCAGCUUCAAAUAGAGGAAAACGUAAACAAUCAAAUCGCGAUUGGUUUUAGUCUGAGAUUUAAUUGAUUAAUAGGAAGUGCAGAUUUUCUAGAAAAGGUUAAAAGCGUGGUAAGACUGAGCCGAAGCAAUUCUCAUUACUUUUGAUAUUCAUAUCAAAAAUUAUUCAAAAACUGAGCCCGUCCAACAGAAGAAACGACGAUAAAUUAUAGGAGAAAGUGUAGUUUGGUUUUCCAGUUGUGCAGUACUUUAGUAAUUUUUUUCGGCCCUUCCGAGUCUUAAGAGAACCGUGAAAUCUGCUCUGAGUGUCUCGCAGAACUUACCGCUGACCCUUUACACCCUAACAUCAAUAUGCAUAUUCUCCAUACUGUUCUCCAUACAUCUCCAAAGAGGCUGACAAGGAGAAUUUGUUUCACAAUCAAGAGCUGCUUUAGUUGGUGAUCAUCUUCUCUAUUCUCAUAGCUUUCAUAUUUGAUCCAGGGGUGACACAGUAAGGAGAAAUUAGGUGCGAGUCACUCUUAAGGGCUAAAGGGUUAAGAUAUGUUUUACUAUUCCUUACGCAGCGAACUGUCCUGCUGGCUCGUACAGUUCUGUGAACCGGACAUGCGCUCUUUGUCCGCUUGGCUCUUACCAGCCUUCUGUUGGUCAGAUGGAUUGCCUUCCCUGUGGACAAGGUUUCAUCACAGCCUCGCCAGGAGCUGUCAGAGAAUCGCAGUGUGAAGGUGGGCUAUUGCUGUCUCCUACAACAUUUAUGACUAAUUUUUAGACUACAAUGCAAUCCUACUUUGUUGGUCAAAUCAUUUAAAAUUUUAACCUGAACAAGAUUGUUAACUUAGUGUAUAUUUUUACUUUGAAAAUGACAGAGAUUCAAAAACCAGUUACUGAAGACAAGACAACCAUUUCUACAUUAUCGACAACAUCGCGAAAUGUUGAAAUGAAGGUAGGUAGAUUUUCCUAUUUUUGGAUUCGCAAGAAAACAAGAAUUCAAAAUAAUCUGGCAUUUAUGGUAAACAAUAUUUUCAAUGUUCUCAGUUAUAAGCUGAGAUUUUGAAACUUUACGAUAGCGAAAGGUGAGCUGGCUAACAAGGACAGGCUAAUUUGGAAGCUGCUUGUAUCAAGUGCUUUGUAAUUGUUUGUCGCGCCACUGGGUACUCGCCAAUAGGCUCCUCUUCUUGCCUUUUAUUUCUUUUAUCAGACAAGUACCAACGGACAGCUCACAACUAAGACCCCAGGAGAGGCCAAAGGGCAGGAAAAUGCUGACGAGUCGUCUUGGAAGCUUCCCGUCAUCAUUAUUACUUCAUCACUUUUAUUGCUCGGUAGGCCAAGUACAAUCAUAAACGUUUCUCACUUCUUCUUAACCGAUAUCUGGAUAAUUAAUUAGCAACACAAUUUUUCAACUUAUGGCAACCGCGCCUUGAAGUUCCUAACUCAUUUAUCGCUUCUGCAUGCGAAAGAAAACGUAAGCAAGCAAGGCUCAUAAAACCGAAACAUGAAUUGUGUGAAUUUUUGUUUAUAAAAUCUUACUGUCUUUUUUCGCAAUCAGUGAUAUUCGGCCGGGAGAAAAUGAAAAUAUUUUCUCUUGUACCUUGCCGGAUUUGAUUUUUGAAAGCUGGACCGCGAAUUUCUAGUGUUAAUCCAGUACUUUUUCGGUAAACCUUGAUGCACGGUCAACCCUUUUUCUUUUGUUUCGAUUGUGACUCGUGCCGUGUUUUAAUCAAUGCUAGGUGCUAUACUUUUGGUAUUGUUCAUCUGUAAGAGACGUAGAGCGAGUAAGGAUGGUUCAAAACCUAAAAGAGAACCAGCACGGAUGGCACAGUUUGAGAAUCCAAUCUACCUGGGUAACCCAAACCUCCCAAUGGUAAAAGAGUUUGACAAUCCACUCUACAAAGAGCCACAAAAAAGAGCAGAAGGUAAUGAAUAUUCAUCGGCGGACGAGUCGGUGCCGCAUGCAUUCAGUGACGAUGGUCCCAAAGGACUUAACAAAGACACUGUGGACAUUAAAACCAAGGAUUCUACU